AUGAAUAAAUCUAAUAAAGUUUUUUGUAUCUGUUCAAAAUGUCAUCACAAAGAUACAGAAAGAGGGAUUGGAUUAUUUAUUCCAAAGUCUACUAGGACUAGACAUCAUGUUUGUACUAGUUCUAGAAGUGAAUCAUCUAUUCUUGUUGAGCUAUUCAGAUCUGAUAAUAUGAUUUCUACAUCUGAAGGGAAAGCAUCUUCGAAUUUAUCUGAUAAGGCAGAAAACUCAUCCAUUGACGAAGGUUAUAUUGAUGAAGGAUCGACUAUGCAAGAUAUUGACGAUAAUUAUGAACCAUCCUUGGGUGGAACAUCUUCAAAUGUGAUCGAUGAAUUUUCUGACUCGAAUAUAUCUCAUAUUAAAAUUUCAGAAUUCAGAGAACACAUACACUUAUCUGAUGAAUUGGCUUGUGCUAUAAGGUUAUUCCGGGUCAAGUCUCAUUGUAAUUUGACGGACAAUGCAUUUCGACAAACUAUGAUGAUAGUUAACGGUAGCAAUGUCAGUUUACUUCAAGUCAGAUGA